CUUUUAACUCCCUAAGAAACGUUAUCUUAAUAGCACUGCAACAUGCAUUUCUCCUUUCUGACGGCGACCCUGAUGGUGGCAGUGGUUGCGGCGGCUCCUGAGGCCCAGUAUGGUUAUCAGGCCCCUAAGUGCCAGCCCGAAAUCCAGUACGUGACCCGGACGGAGACCGUGCCCGAGUACGUAACCACAACCCAGUACCAGACUCAGACGCAGUACCAGACUCAGUACCAGCCGCGUUACGUCACCCAAACGCAGCAGGUGCCACAGUACGUCACUCAAACGCAGACGGUGCCCGAGUACAUCACCCAGACGGUGCCUCAGUACGUCACCAGGACGCAGUACCAGAAGCAGUACGUCACCGUCACCAAGCCAUGCCAGAGCUCGGGAGGCUACGGUGGAUAUCACGGUACUUACCGCAGUGUGGUACUGUGUCUGGGUUUGGUAUCGGGUCACAGUGACAUACUGGGGCACCGACUGCGUCUUGGUCACGUAUCUGACCUCAGGAGGGCACGGCUGGAAGGGAAAGACAGUCUAGAAAUUCCAGAGCACUUCAACAUGCAUUUCUCCUUCCUGACGGCGACCCUGAUGGUGGCAGCGGUGGCAGCGGCUCCUGAGGCCCAGUACGGCUAUCAGGCCCCUAAGUGCCAGCCCGAAAUCCAGUACGUGACCCGGACGGAGACCGUGCCCGAGUACGUAACCACAACCCAGUACCAGACUCAGACGCAGUACCAGACUCAGUACCAGCCGCGCUACGUCACCCAAACGCAACAGGUGCCACAGUACGUCACCAGGACGCAGACGGUGCCCGAGUACAUCACCCAGACGGUGCCUCAGUACGUCACCAGGACGCAGUACCAGAAGCAGUACGUCACCGUCACCAAGCCAUGCCAGAGCUCGGGAGGCUACGGUGGAUAUCACGGUUAAGGACUUACGAGGAAUCUUCGUGGAUUUUAAAAGUCUCACAAUCGGCUUUUGUAAUUUAAUAAAAAGUCUUUAAACACAC